AUGUUGUUGAAUAUAAGUAAUUCAAUUCGUUUUCAUGAAUUAAUAUGUUGUAGACAGAUUCUGUAUCAACCGAAACAAUUACUUCGAUCUGUUCGAUCGACAUUGAUUCGUUCUAGCGUCAAUCCAACAAUUGAACAUGAUGAAAAUGAAAAUUCGCAAAUUCUUGAUGAAGAAUCUGAUUACAAUUAUCUUGGAAUAAAUCCAAAAGAAGAUUCAUUCACAAUUCAUGGUGAUUAUGUUCGUAAUGAUCACAUGAAAUAUCGUGAACAAAUUGCCCAGAAAUAUAAACCAUUAUUUCGGCCUAAACAAAAAUAUGUGGAUGAUAUUCGAAAAAAAUUGGGUGUUUUAAAUGUUCGUUUUGAUUCAGAAAAUCAAGCACAAUUUCAUGGUGAAUUUGAAAAACGUGAUGAAUUAGUUUUCAAAACUAUGGAUGAUGUUGUCAAUCAUAUUGGCAGAAAUCAUGUUGAAUUUAAUGAACCAGUACAGAAGAAAUUGGUUAAAAAAAUGGAAAUAGAUUUUGUUCCAUUUGACACCGAAAAUGGUUGCAAAACAACCGAACGAAAACGAUCAACGAGAAAUAAUGAUUCGAUUCAAUUUCGUUAUGCAAAAGAAUUAUCAUCAGAAUUUAAUGGGAAAAUUUCCACUGCAAACAAUCAAAACAAUGACCAUGUUGAUGAUGAUUGGAUUACAUAUGAACAAACGAAACGUGAAUCACCGAAAAAAGAAAAACCAGAACCAUCAAAAUCGGAAAAAAUUAUGGCUGUAAAAUUUGAACCAUUCAACAAAGAGGAAGGUGUCAUCAUUAAACCAAAAAGUAUUUCCGGAUAUGAAUAUCUAAAACAAAUUCGUCAUGGAAAACGUGAACCAAAAUUAGUGAAAGAAUUUGAUGAAAUGAAAAAUAUGAUUCCAAAAGAGAAACUUGAUACAAAAGGUUAUCGAGUAUUGACGAAUCAGGUACCAGAUUUUUCUCAUUUAACCAACGAUGAAGUAUUGAAAAUGCUUGAAGCACAAAUUUUAUUCAACGAUGAAGAUAUUGUUGCAUUGAAUAAACCAUAUGGUAUCGCUAUUCAUGGUGCAUUUGGUUCCACAAUAAAAAAUUCAAAAAUUUCUAGUCAUCGAAUUAAUUCAAAAUUUCAUCAUGUAAUACAUCUUGGUUAUUUUCUACCAAAAUUAGCUGAACAUCUUAAUUGUACGGAAUUAUACACUGUUCAUCGUUUAGAUCGUGAUACAACCGGUGUAUUAUUAUUGACGAAAACUCAAGAAAAAGCUAAACAAUUGAAUCAAUUAUUUAAGAAACAAAAAAUAAUGAAAAAAUAUUAUUGUAUAACGAAAAAUAAACCCGAUAAACCAGAAGGAAUUAUUGAUAUUCCAAUCGAAUUAGGUUAUAUUAAAUCAUCAUCAGAUGGUGUUGGCAGAAAACGUGAACGAAUGGUAUUAUGUCCAGAACCAGUACAAGGAAUUCGUUUACAACGAAAUUGGCGUACAGCACGUAAAGCCAUUACACAUUAUAAAAUUCGAUCCGAUCAUGGAAAUGCAGCCUUAAUUGAAGUUACACCCGAAACCGGUAUACGACAUCAGAUUCGUGUUCAUCUUGGUUUCGGUCUACGUUGUCCAAUACUUGGUGAUCAUAAAUAUUCCAAUCUGGAUAGUCUAUCACCACAACGAUUACCAUCGGACAUAUUGAUGGCAUUGAAAAUACGUCAAUCAAAAUCACGUACAAUUCCAAUGCAUUUACAUGCAUCAUUAAUAAUGAUACCAGAAUUGGGUAAAAAUGGCCAAAACAUAUUCAUACGUGCACCAUUACCGUAUCAUUUUCAACAGAAUAUGCGUUCAUUAAAAUUACGAUUAAAUUAGCGAUAGAAUAUAUUCUAUUUUAAUGUUUUUUAUUUAAAACAAAAAUGUGUAAUUAAAUAAAUAAGAAACUUUAACUCUUUGAA